AAUCCUCCCACAGUGAUGCCCAUUGGUUCCCAGUGUCCAGCGCCACUCCUGGACAAACUGGAUCAGAGUGGAAAUUCAAGUUUUUCAUGGCAACUUUUUUUCAUUUUAUGCACUUCUUUUGUUUUGAUUGGAGCAGUGAGAAGGUGAUGGGUGGUUCCGUCCACCUUUAAAACAGGCGAGGAGCUGCAGAGGAGCCUCAGUGUCCACACUUCUUCUGCUUCUUCUCCUCAUCGUGGUUACAUUGGACCUGCAUCAUGUCUCAGCCAGGAGGUUACAGCAGCCAGUCCUUCUCACCCAGCAGCACCGGAGCCGCCAAGAGACAGAGUCAACCCAGCCUCAACAACAUCAACUCCACCGGCAAGACCAGAGAGAAGGAGGACAUGGUGGGACUCAACGACAAGUUUGUCAAGUUGAUCGACAAGGUGAAGAACCUGGAGGACGAGAAUAAGAAGCUGGACACCAAGCUGAAGAUCCUCAAGGAGCAGGAGGCGUACGAGGGCAAGGUGGAUGCCGUCGUGAGGCAGCUGGAGAACGAGCUGGAGCAGCAGAUUGAGAACCUGCUCCACGACCAGGAGAAGCUGCAGGCGGAGCUCCUUAAGAACCAGGAGGAGUUGGAGGACACCAAGCAGCGGUUUGAGGACGAGAUUGUAAAGAAAGCUGAUGUGGAGAAUGAUUUUAUUGUCACCAAAAAGGAAGUAGAUGAAGGUCACUUGGAGGAAGUAAACUUGGUUCUGGAGCUGGAAGACCUGAUGGGAAAACUGGAAUUUCUCAGAGUGGGAUAUGAUGAGGAGAUCAAAGAGCUGGAAUCCCUGGUCCAGAACAAGACGGUGAUUCUUCCUGACAACAGAAAACGGUACCUGGACAUGGACGAGAUCGUGGGGACUGUGAAGAACCAGUACGCCAGGGUGGCUGCUCGCACCAGAGAGGAGGCCGAGCUGUGGAACCAGAGGAAGAUGGAUGCCUUGGUGGUAAGUGCAGGACAACGUGAGCAGGACGUGCGUGAAUUGAAGAGGGAGAUAUCUGAUACUCAGCGUCUCAUCCAGAGACUCAAUGCAGACAUGGAAGUUCUCAUAAGGAAGGAAGAAUCUCUGAAGAAGGACAUCAGCAGCUUGAGGACAGAAGGGGACAAAAACCUGGAGAAGGCGCGAGAGGACAUCGCUCUGCUGGAGGAGGCUUUGAAGCGCGCCAAGCACGACCUGACCGGACAGAUCAGAGAACACCAGGAGCUGAUGAACCUGAAGCUGGCCUUGGACAUCGAGAUCGCCACGUACCGCAAGCUCCUGGAGGGCGAGGAAGAGAGAAUGAACCAACUCCUGCGCCUCACAGAUUACUAAAAAACAAACCCACCAAUCCAAGUCCUUAAUUGCACACAGACGUUCCCCUGUCAGAGAAGCCAAGAGCCCCGAAGUCACCGAAGACACUCACUCCCCCACCAGCAAAGAAACGUGUGAUGAUCCAAGUGGAAGUGGAUUCAGGCAGAGAGGUGUCCCAGAGCUCCUGCUAUAUCGACGACUGACUGGAACAAUCAACACUGCUCAUCUACUAUUAGGGCCAAACUGAAGACAUUUUUUUUUUUAAAUCUUUCAAGAAUAAAUCAUAAUAUGAUGAGAAUAAAGUUGUAAUAUGAUGAGAAUAAAGUUGUAAUUAUUGAUCAGCUACAAACCUGCAGAGUAUUUUGUGGUUACAUUUUAAUUUAAUUGGGCUUCAUACUUAAUAUUUUUAGCACUUUAGCACCACAUUAUCUUUAGCAUCAGGACUUUGAAAAGAUUGUGAAAGAAACUGAGUCUGUUUGGAAGAAAGAAUCACAAACACAGACUUGGAGGAAAUGCCUGCUAGUGGUCGACUGCAGACUAUAUCGCUGUUACGCCUGUGUUCUGUUGCUAUUUAAUAAUAAUACGUUAGAUAAUGAUAAAACACAAUCUCAUGAAAUUACAACUUUAUUCUCGGAUUAAAUAUUUUUUUCUCUUCAGUUUGGCCCAAAUACUGUGUCCUGCUUUUACCACAAUAACAUUAUUUAAACUGCAAUAAGUCCCUUUUUGUAGUUUUCUUACAGUAAAUCAUCUUGUAGCUUCUUGGGAGGUUGACCUUUUUUUAUUUCUGUGCUUGAACUUGGAGAUGGAGUUGUUUGGAUGGAGCAGUGUUUUUUCCAGCUUAACUUAUCUCCUUCUGUCCCUGGAUUAGUUUACUCUUCAUCUUCAUCCAAACGUGACCCAAAUAUGACUCAGAGUUUAUCUUUGUACAACAGCCGGGCUUCAUGGCUCAGAUUCUUCUGUGUGAAGUGAACAAUAAAACGAGGGACACGUGGCACAUGCA